UUUCAGGUCGUGUGGCAGGGGAGAAGUAGUCAAAAUGAGCAAAGUCUCCAGAGACACGUUGUACGAAGCCGUUCGGGAGGUCCAGGCUGGCUCCCGUGCUAAGAGGAGAAAGUUUGUGGAGACUGUGGAGCUUCAGAUCAGCUUGAAGAACUACGAUCCCCAGAAGGACAAGCGUUUCUCUGGCACAGUCAGGCUGAAGACCACCCCACGCCCCAAGUUCUCUGUGUGCGUUCUCGGAGACCAGCAGCAUUGUGAUGAGGCCAAAGCAGCUGAGCUCGCCCACAUGGACAUUGAGGCUCUCAAAAAGCUCAACAAAAACAAGAAGCUGGUGAAGAAACUGGCUAAGAAAUACGAUGCCUUCCUGGCAUCCGAGUCUCUGAUCAAGCAGAUCCCCCGUAUCCUUGGCCCCGGCCUCAACAAGGCAGGAAAGUUCCCUUCCCUGCUCACCCACAAUGAGAACCUCAUCACCAAGGUGGAUGAAGUCAAAUCUACCAUCAAAUUCCAGAUGAAGAAGGUUCUGUGUCUGGCCGUGGCUGUGGGUCACGUAAGAAUGACCGAGGACGAGUUGGUCUACAACAUUCACCUCGCCGUCAACUUCCUGGUGUCUCUGCUGAAGAAGAACUGGCAGAACGUGCGGGCACUCUACAUCAAGAGCACCAUGGGCAAGCCUCAGCGUCUCUACUAGAGAGCAUGCCUCUACUUUUCUAUGAAUAAACACUUUGGAGAAAUCCAGCCA